UUUGAACCAUUUGUUCUACUCAAUUAGUUCAGCGUGGAAUUUUUGAAAAUGGUUGAAAUCACGCCUUUAGAAUCCAAAAUAAUUAGACAGAUUGAAUAUUACUUUGGAGAUGUAAAUCUUUCACGUGACAAGUUCAUGAAAGAAGCUGUUAAAGAGAAUGAUGGAUGGAUUUCUAUGGACACAAUGAUGAAAUUUAACCGUCUCAAGUCCCUAUCAGAGGAUGCUGAGUUCAUAAAAAAGUCGAUAUCUAAGUCACAAUCUGGGUUAAUUGAAGUUGGCGAAAAAGGUCUUCGAAGAAACCCUGAGAUGAAAGUUCCUGAAACAUUUCAAACAGCUCUUGACAGCUAUAAAGAAAACGGUGUUUAUGUUAAAGGCUUCUCUCCUGACGAACAUUUGGAUGAAAUUAUUGAGUGGCUGGAAAAACACGGUGGCAAAACCCUCGAUGUGCAUAUGCGCAGAUUUCCACGAGACAAAAAGUUUAGGGGAAGCAUAUUUGCUAUUUUUGAGAAGAAAGAAGAUUCCGAAAAAUUUCUGGCUUCACCAGAGGCUGCUACUUUUAAAGAUCAUGUGAUGAUCCGUUCAACUCAAAUUGAUUAUUGGAAACGGAAAGAAGAGGAGAACAAAACUAAGCUUGCUUCACAAGCUAAGAAGAAAGCUGCAAUUGAAGCUAAUCAAGAGGCUCAACUUAAUUCUCGAAUGAUCCGUGGGGCAUUACUUGAAAUUACUGGCCUUCCAGAAGCCAUAAAAAAAAAUAAUGCCGUUGAAGGAGAAGAUGCUAAAACUGAGGAAUCAAAAGAGUCAACAACCAACAAUGGCCAUCAUGAUUCGGAGCCACCAACGGUGAUAAUGUUAAAACAAUGGUUAAACGAAAAGCUUGAUUCAACUACACCUGUCGGAUGGAUUGAUAUUGAACCAGCUGAGGGCAAAGCUGUGAUACGAUUCAAACAACCUGAUACAGCAGAGAAAGCAUGGGCUAAAUUAAAAGAAGCAUUUGGUGAUAGUCCAGUUACUUAUUUAAAUAGUGAAUUAUCAAGUCGCUUGAUUACUGGUGACGAAGAGAAAGAUCGAUGGAAAGUGAUUCUAGCAGCUCAACAACAGAAAGCUCAAAAAAGACGUGGACGUGCUGGUGGUAAACAUAUUAACAAUAAACGACGUCGUACAAAUUAGUACAAGUUGGAAUAGAUUUGUGCACCGUGGGUUGUUUUUACUACUACUACUAACAACAACAAUAACAACUGCAUCAGUUACUGUAUAUUCUAUCAAAAAAAAAAAACAAGAUAUUGUUUUAACUAUUUCAU